GGAGGAUUGGUUUUUCCCUCGAAAAAACCACGUGUGUUUUAUCUUCUUUUAUCUUCCACCAUAGGUAGACAUAGGAACAAGGGACAAACUCGUGAGCUGUCCUAUUUGGCUUGGGAGAGUAUCAAAGAUUUGAACACGCACACAAGGAUCACUCGUUUGAGCAGCUGUGCACUUCGACACAUUCUUCCAUUCAAGACUGGAUAUUUGCGAUCAUUGCUCUACGAACUUCAAAACAACUGAAGAAAUGGCAUCUUGCGCUCAUGGCAGGAGUAGUUUGGAAAACCUGGUUGGCAUGCUUGGACGUUGUUUUUAGACGAACUUCUCAUUCUAUCCACUCGCUGGUUUUGCAUUGCCUCCAAUUCACUCGAGAUUAUUGCUUAUCACCUAAUACUAUCGUGGUUUCUCCAUUUGUCAUCAAUGUCAAAUGGGAAUUUCCUCCUAUCGGAUACACUAAAAUCAAUGUUGAUGGAUCGUCUCUUGGCUGUCCUAGUUUAGCAGGGAUUGGAGGAAUUGUUUGUGACGAUCAUGGUCGAUUCAUUUGUAGUUUUGCAGAAUCUGUCGGAAUCACCUUUGCUUAUAUUGCUGAAGCUCUUGCAGUUAGGCAAGCUCCUCAACUUGCUUUUGAUAGAGGUUUCAGCCAUAUCAUUUUGGAGAGUGAUAAUUUAAUGAUCGUCAAUCUCCUCAAGCGGACUACUACUGUCUCUCCUUGGAGGAUCGCUCACAUCAUUGAUGACUGUCUCACCUUAUCGGAUCUUUUCCCUCAGACCUAUUUUAAGCACACCUUUCGGCAAGGGAACACUGUUGUAGACUCGCUUGCUAAUUUUGGAACUCAUAGUCAGGCUUCUCACUUUUGGGAUGUUAAUCCUCCUAACUUUUUAUCUCCUUUCUUUAUUGCUGACUUGGCUGGCAUCUUUAUGCCUUGUUCUGUAUCUUUUGGUGCUUCUUUAAUAUAAGUUAUUUCUUUCAUCA